AUGAGUUACAACAAAAAAAUAUUGUUGAAAGUCUUUUUUGCUUUCUGUAUGCUCUGCUCAGGCUUAUGCUUAAAUGCAGAUAUCAAUUCAUCAUCCUAACAAGGAAUUUAAGAUUCAGGUAUACAAAUAUCUUAUACAUAGAGUUCUUUUGUGAAUAUUUUUGAAGGAAUUUCAACUAUUCUCUAAACCCAUAUUAAUGAUUAGAAUUUUAGCUUCGAUAGCAAAUUUCUUUCUCUCUCAGUUUCUAAAAUAAAUUUGGCAGAUCUUUAACUUAACAAAUUAAUCAGCAACGCAGAGUUUUUGACUGGCAAUAAGAUGAAAGUUACCUUAAAUUUUGAGAAAGUAUAUAUCUCAUUUUAAUAUAAUGUCAAGUUCUUUAACUUGAUCUCAAUUAAAGAUGAAGGAUUUUUGGCUGAUACUGGUCUUUAGGUUAAGUUUGACUUACUUAUAAGUGCUAAUUCUAAUGGAACAACUCAUCUUGCAGUUUCCCAUUUAGAUUUAAAAACUGGUUAACUAGAAGCUCAUUUAAAUAAUAAAUUUUUUAAUUUCAUAUUGCAAGCUGCUUUGAAAUUAACAAAUUUAACUUUACAAGUACUCAGAAAUUUGAUUGAUUUAGCAGUUUAAAUCAUAGCCAAUAAAUUUGGCAGUACUAUUCCAACUCAAGUCAAGAUCCCCUAAUCAAAUGGAAUCAUAGAUCUUUCUAUUUAAGGAUAGCCAUUUUUAUAAAAUGGUUAUAUGAACAUCCCCAUAAGUGGCAACUCUUACAGAAACGGAACUACUCCUACUCCAUUAAAUCCUUUCAGAUAAUUCAAUCCUACUGAAUACAUUAAUUCUACUUAAAUAUUUGUAGAUUAAUAAGUUAUAAACAAACUUAUUUAAACUUUCAUUUAAACUUAAAUAACUUUUAACAUUACUUUACCUCAAGUUAUUUCAUCAACAACUCCCAUUGAUAGCCGUAGUCUUUCACCUGUUUUCCCCGGUCUCCGUAAACUAAAAGUUAUUAACUAUCCUAUCAUCGAACCUGUUCUUGAUAAUAAUUCUAUCGAAAUAAGCUUUUUAGACAGCAAACUAAAGGCCAAAGCUAAGCUAGGAUUUAAUCUCUAUAUGUAGGAAGCUUAAAAACCUGAAACUACUUUUAAAUAUAAUAACAACGUUGUUUAUAUUGUAGCUGAUUUAGCACUGGAUGUAAUUAGCAGUUAGAAUUUCCUCACAAUUAAUUUAGCAGAUUUCACACUCGAAGAUAUCAUAGUUUCUGACGAAGACCUUCAACUAGUAAAUGCUAAGAGCUUCAUUUCUAUAUUCCCAUUCUUUGAUUAGCUAAUCCAUGAUGCAGUAAAUCUUGUUAUUUACAAAGAUUUCAUUGACUUGAGUAAGAUACUUGGAUUCAACAUAAACUAAGUUUAAAUUCAUUUUGAUAGCAACUACUUGCACUUAGCAGUUUUGUUCUGA